CCCACAACGUCAUUGGCCCUCUGGCCAUGCCGUGACCCCUGGGGCCUGAACUCCGUGGUCAUGUGACCAAGCCGAAAGUGACCAGCAGGCUCGACUGGGAGGAGGAGGAUCAGAGCCAGAAGGAGCUGAGAGGAGAGGAGAGGACAGCAGGAGAGAGAAAGGCAAGAAGAAGGACAGAGAGGGAGAGAGAGAGAGAGAGAGAGCGAGAGAGAGAGAGCGUCAUGAGGCCUAAGCCCUACCCGACGAGGAUACACUUAUGACUGAAUGGCAGGAGAGACAUGAGAUGGAUUCAUGGGAAGAUGACCAGGCUGAGCAGCGCUCCUGUCUCAUCUGCGGAGACCGCGCCACCGGACUGCACUAUGGCAUUAUUUCCUGCGAGGGCUGCAAGGGCUUCUUCAAGCGCAGCAUCUGCAACAAGCGCGUGUACCGCUGCAGCCGUGACAAGAACUGCGAGAUGUCACGCAAGCAGCGCAACCGCUGCCAGUACUGCCGCCUGCUCAAGUGUCUACAGAUGGGCAUGAACAGGAAAGCGAUCAGAGAGGAUGGCAUGCCAGGCGGAAGGAACAAAAGCAUCGGGCCUGUUCAGAUCUCGGACGAGGAGAUAGAGCGGAUCAUGUCUGGUCAGGAAUUUAAGGAUGAGGCCAACAUGGCAGAGCACACCUGGGGCAACAAUGGCGACAGCGAUCACAGUUCCCCUGGCAACGGCGUCUCCGAUGGCAACCAACCUUCUCCUGCAUCCACACUCUCCUCCAAUCGCUCGGUGGAGCUGAAUGGCUACACGGCCGCUCUCAGGGAGCAGUACAUCGGCAGCGCCGUUGCCCAGCACUACCAGUUCCUGCCUCACCUGUUCAGCUACGCAGCGCAGCCCCGCAGUCUGUACCCGCAGAGUCAUACCCUCAUCAGCCAGCUGGUGGCAGCAGAGGAACUGGCACCACUGGGCACUCCCAUGCUCAUCGAGGACGGGUACCGGGUGACCCAGGUGGAGCUCUUUGCCCUGCUGUGCCGCCUGGCCGAUGAGCUGCUCUUCCGUCAGAUCUCGUGGAUUAAGAAGCUGCCGUUCUUCUGCGAGCUCUCCAUCGAGGACUACACACGCCUGCUGAGCGCCACGUGGCAGGAGCUCAUCCUGCUCGCCUGCCUGACCGUCUACAGCGCCCAGAUCCUGGGAGACCUCGCCAACGUCACCGACAAGUACACACCGUCCGAUCACGAGCUUCAGGGGUUUAGCGAGGAUGGCAUGGAGGUGAUGGAGAAGCUGAUCUAUCUGUUCCGUAAGUUCCACCAGCUGAAGGUCAGCAAUGAAGAGUACGCCUGCAUGAAGGCCAUCAACUUCCUGAACCAAGAUAUCCGGGGUUUGACUAAUGUAGCACAGUUGGAGCAGCUGAAUAAGCGUUACUGGUACGUGUGUCAGGAUUACACUGAGUACAAGUACCCUCACCAACCCAAACGCUUCCCGGAGAUAAUGAUGUGUCUUCCUGAAAUACGCUGCAUCGCAGGGAAGUUGGUAAACGUUCCGUUGGAGCAGCUCCCCCUGCUGUUCAAGGCGGUCCUGCACUCCUGUAAGUCCAGCCUGAACACCUACAGGUCAAACUCCUCCCCCAGUGUGACGAAGGGCUCCGCCCCUGCCAACUAAAAGACCCGCCUCUCGUCUCCCAACGCAGCACAUGGAGACAGGGAGUUUUGGGGUCAUGGAGGUGUCGCUCAGAUAGUUUCACCUCCGUUUCUUAAAAAAAAAAAAACAAAAAAAAAAAAAGAAAGAAAGAAAGAAAUGAUGAAUGUGACUAGCAGCUAUUUUAUACGUUUAAUUUUUUUCCCCUCUCUCUAUUUAUUACCAGACAGAGCUGAAUGUAUACUGAUGUACACUGCACACAAUCGCUGCUGCUCGUACGCAAAAUGCACAAACUCCGCAGCAGAGUUUACGCUCGCUCGUCCGACUGCAGAAUGUGUUCCCACUGCUAGGGUUAGGAGUUUUGAAAUAGUUCACUUUUUGUUGCUCAUAGAGACAGAUAUACAAAUAUAUAUAUAUAUAUACCUCAGGUAGAACCUUGAUGAGCUCUCUCUCUCUUUCUCUCUCUCUCUCUCUCUCUCUCUCUCGCUCACUUUCUUUCUAACAUCCUUCACACGCUACACACUCACAGUGUCAAAAGUCAUCAGCCAAAAAUGAAUUUAUUUCACUUUUUACUUCCACAAGUAAGGAAAGAUUAUAGCCUCCAAACCUAAAUCAUAACAUACACACACACACACACACACACACACACACACACAUACACAUACACACACAUCACAAAAAAGGUUUAUACCUUAACAGGUGCAGUCUGAUGUCUGAAGCCAAACUUUUCACAUCAUCCGAGUCUGAAGAGGAAGAAUGCGAUUCGGCAAAUCCGUUUUUCCCACAGCAGCAUAUCUGAUGCUAACACGGUGGCUAUAGCUUUCCAUUAGUCGUUAGCUAAAUUAGCCUUGUGUAGCUCCAAGGAAUUUGGGAAACAUGAGUGGAAAGUGGUGAGGAGAGGAGAUAAAUGUUCAAUCACAGCCUGGGGGAAAGAUUUGUACCUCACAGCUAUAUACAUGUCUGUUGUUUUUGAGUUAGUUCGCUAUUCUUCUCUCUGUAAGGUUGGCAGGGAGCGAGCAAACUGUUCAGCUGAGUGAAUCUAAAUAAAGAGGACCGCUUAGAGAAAGUGCACCAGCUUGUACCAACAGCGUUUACGUGUUACUCUGUCGUUUCACGUGUCCUCAACUGGCCCUGCUCUCCUUUUUUUCACACUGGACAGAUUAUUUAAAAACAGGGUAAAAACAGGCUCUUUUUUUAGACGUCACUCAAGCUCAGAUAUCACAAUGAUGUAGGUUUCUAGUUGUAGUAAGGUUGUAGUGUGUAGUAGGUGGUUGUUGUUGUUUUUGUUUUUUUUUUUAAAUACUUUUUAUUUUCUCCAGGAAAGAAAAGGGGUGUUGUUUUUUCGAAGGGCGUUUGUUCGAUGAUGUUAAAUAUCAAACUCCGAAGACCUGAUGGUUAGCGGGAGCGGCGUCCUUGGGAACGUCGAGAUGUUUUAUUGCUAAGCCAAACAGUUGAAACAUUCCAAAAAUCGUCGAGAGGAAAAAAAAAAAAAUCAGAAAAAGUCGAAUAAUGUUUACAUAUUUUUGCAGCAGACAA